UCUCAAAUCGUUCGAGUUUAACAUCUUUAAAGCAAUCGCAAUAUAAAAGAAUGACGAGGGAAUAUCCCAAGGUUUGGUCUUCGUUUCAAAGAGUUGCUAAAAAUGGGAAGACUUUGUCAUUUGAAAUAAAAGAUGUUCCGGAAGAGCUAUGGAUCGAAGCAGUUGAAUUUAUGUUGGGAAAUUAUAUAAGAGAAGAUGUUUGGUGGAUUACAGCUGGUACAGCCGGGGACCCACAGGCUAUAGAAGAGUAUCGUGUGCUAUUGACGUCUAUUAUAAAGUUGAAGAUGAGUUUGGGAUGCUUUCUUGUCGAGGAAUCUGGUGAUCGAGUCCUCGUUGGCAUGAAUAUGUGUAUGCCACAGGAAAAAGAACGCUUUGUGGAACACAAUCCGCCAAAAACGAAAGCCGGUCUGCUAUCACUGCGUAUGUUCAGCGAGGCUGUGAAAGUGCCGGCGAUUUACGACAAAUACAACGUCGAUGUAUACCUCAUGGGAGCUGGCCUCUCUGUGACUCCUGAAUACAGAGGACUGGGAUUGGCAGUGGAGUUGCUUAAAUCUAGGAUGCUCCUUACAAAAGAAGGAGGUUUAAGUGUCACUGGAGGGAUAUUCACGAGUGCACCGGCGCAGCGCUCGGCGGAAAAAGCUGGCAUGGUUUGUGUCUACCAGAUUCCAUACAAACAAUUCGGUGAGCAAUGUAAUAUCGACUUUAACACGACUACGGAAGAUUUAAAAAUAUUUGCCAUCAACGUAUAAAAUAACAAUGGUGCCAUGGAAAUACGCAAGAAAUGUCUUUUAAAAUUUUUGCCUUAUUGAAAUUAUACGCCUUUUACUACUUAAUAUAGAAAGAUAGUCGAAGUACUUAAAACUUAAUGGUUCUAUUAAGAGAGACCAAAUUCUUUAUACAUUAUGUACCAUGAAUAAUAAACAACGCUUGUGAUUUCGCUCACGUCUCAUAUUCCAAUAUUUGAUAAUACACUUUAUUACAUAUUA